AUGGAUUAUGAAUCCUCAUAUUCCCUUCUCUUCCUUUGUGUCUUCUUUUGUUGCUUCUCUUGCACCUUCUCUGUAAAAUUUUCCUAUCCUAACUUCUUGGAUGACAACAACAUUGUUACUUCUGGAAAAGCCAAUAGAACACAAGUUGAUUCAGUCUGGUCGAUACGACUCAGCGGUGACCAGAUCGGCGGUGAUUUGUUUGAUGCCACAAGUCGAGCAUACUAUUCCCAACCCAUUCAACUGUGGGAUCCCAUCAAAAAUGUAACAACUGAUUUCACAACUUCCUUUGAGUUCAUAAUGACAGCUGUGAACUCGUCAAUACCAGCCUCUGAUGCAAUUGCAUUCUUUAUCACUUCAGAAGAUUCUGUUAUUGCUCCUAGCAAUUCCGCUGCAGGUUGGUUGGGUCUCUUCAAUGAGACAACUAACGGCAAUCCAUCAAAUCAGAUGGUAGCGGUGGAGUUUGAUUCGUGGCAAGAUACAUGGGAUCCUAAUGACAACCAUGUCGGUAUCAACGUGAACUCCAUUGUCUCCAAGGUAAAUGAAACUUUUAAAGACCCUUUCACCUCUGGGGACAUUAUGGUGGCAACAGUCUCUUAUGAUUCAACCUCCGAGAAUCUCAGUUUAUUGUUGAAAUACAUAGAUGUUCCUCUGAUAGCUAACCAACACUUGAAUCUUACUCAUAAUGUAAAGCUGAGAAAUGUUCUACCAGAAAAAGUGAUAGUGGGGUUCUCAGCAUCAACUGGAAGGUCAAUCCGAGUUCAAGCAAUCAGAAGUUGGAAUUUCAGUUCAACUUUGGAUCUGGUUUUGACUCAAAAUGGAGCAAAAGGGAAUUCUAAGAUGUGGUUAGUAGGAUUGAUAAUAGGAGUGGUGCUUUUGGUUGCAGGGAUCAGUUUUGGCUCUUAUUGCAUUUUGUGGAGAAGCACUAAAAGAAAGCAGGUAGAAGGAGACGAUGAAGAUGAAGAUGAAGAUGAAGAAAUGGGGAUGAUGGAUGGGGCUGAAGAUCUAAUAGAAGGAACUGGACCAAAAAGGUUUGCCUACAAAGACCUAGUUGUGGCAACUAAUAACUUUUCAGAGGAAGGGAAGCUUGGGCAAGGAGGUUUUGGAGGCGUCUACAAAGGUUUCUUGACAGAAAUGAACGUUGAAAUUGCCGUGAAGAAGAUAUCUAGCAGCUCUAACCAAGGAAAAAAGGAGUAUAUUUCUGAGGUUAUGACUAUAAGCCGUUUGAGACACCGGAAUUUAGUACAACUUGUUGGUUGGAGUCAUAAAAGGGAGAGUUUUGUAUUAGCUUAUGAGUACAUGCCUAAUGGAAGCCUAGAUUCGCAUUUGUUUCACAAAAAAACUCAUCUCUCAUGGCCAGUGAGGCACAAAAUUGUUCAUGGGUUAGCCUCUGGAUUGCUCUAUCUCCACGAGGAAUGGGAGCAAUGUGUGGUGCAUAGAGAUAUAAAGUCAAGCAAUGUGAUGUUAGAUUCAAACUUCAAUGCCAAACUUGGUGACUUUGGUCUAGCAAGGUUUGUAGACCAUGAACUUGGCUCACAAACAACGGUUGUAGCUGGAACCAUGGGCUACAUGGCUCCUGAAUAUCUUAUCACAAGCAAGGCUAAUAAGGAAUCAGAUGUGUUUAGCUUUGGGGUGGUGGCAUUAGAAAUUGUUUGUGGGAGGAGAGUAGUGGAGCCAAAAGCAGAAGAAUUAAAGAUUAGUUUAGUCAAUUGGGUGUGGGAACUAUAUGGAAAGGGAAGGCUUUUGGAAGCCAUGGAUGAGACGCUAAAUGGGGAUUAUGACAUUGACAAGAUGACAUGUUUAAUGACUACUGGGCUAUGGUGUGCUCAUCCAGAUCACACUUUAAGACCUUCUAUAAGGCAAGCAAUUAAGGUUCUUAAUUUUGAAGCACCAUUGCCUAGCCUUUCAUCACAAAUGCCUGUGCCUAUGUAUUCUUACGCCCCUGCAAGAAUAACCAUUGCCAACCAAGUCUCUCUCACUUUGACAAGCGAGGAAAGGAGCACAACUGCUACACCCUCAAUAAAUUAGUGAAGUUUCAA